UCGUCUGCAUGGGGGACAAGGCCCUAUCUAGGGCAGGAAGAUGGAGUUCAUAUCAUAUUCAUUACAUAUUUAACACACACAGACACACACCUGGAAAUCUCAUAUGUCAGAUGUGAAGAAUGAAAGAGGAUUUAAUGGUGAGAGGACAAGAGACGGAGUGACAGAAGAUGCCCAAAGUGUGCUAACGGGACGGAGGUGCUGUAUCCUGUAGCAAAAGAGGGAAGUGCACCACCAAGAUAUCAAGGUGGGACCGAGACGCCGCCAAAGUCUUCUACAAAGUCUCCUACAGUUGUCACCAUGAGCUGUAGGCUGGAGGGAACGCCCCGCCUCUAGCCUCUGUUUCCUGCUGUGUGAGUGUGAGUGCGAGAGUGCGUAUGAGUGUGAUGGCCGUUUGUGUUUGGGCGGCCGCCCCCCUGCUCUUCCUGGGGCUGUGUCUGUGCAGCGUGGGGGGCCAGGCCCAAGGAGAGGUCCUGGAGUUCGGAGGCAUAUCCAGCCAGUGGGGGCGCUUUCCCGUGUGGAACGCCUGCUGCGAGAGCGUGCUGAGCUUCAGCCUGCGGACUCACAGCCAGGAGGGCCUCCUGCUCUACCUGGACGACGAGGGCUUCUGCGACUUCCUGGAGCUGCUGCUCCUGCACGGCCAUCUCCGCUUGCGCUUCUCCAUCUUCUGCGCGGAACCGGCCGAACUGCAGUCAGGCGUGGCAGUGAGCGACGGGCGCUGGCACGCAGUGCGUGUCAAACGGGAUUGGAGAAACACCUCGUUAGAGGUGGACGGUCGACUAGAGGGGUGGGCAGAGGUGAAAAGCAAGCGAAGAGACAUGACGGUGUUCAGUCACACCUACGUGGGUGGGGUGUCACCAGAUCUCCACUCCUCACCGCUGCGCCUCACCUCUCCUUCAGUGCGGGAACACCCUGCCUUCCGUGGCUGGAUCACGGCAGUGAGCAUCAAUGGCUCAUUGGUGACGCUGGACGGCUCUGAAGGCGUCACGGUAACAGCUGGCUGUGGGCCGGACCACCAGUGCCAAAACGGAGGGGUGUGCAGCGUAGUCAACGACCAGGCCGUCUGCGACUGCUCUGACACUGGUUACCAAGGCAACGACUGCAGUGAAGAGCACAGCUACACUCCAGGUCUGGCACACCUGAUGAUUGGCGACCAAGGAAAGCUCAGAGCUCGUGAGGAAUACGUCGCCACCUUCAAGGGUUCAGAGUACUUCUGCUACGACCUGUCGCCCAACCCCAUCCAGUCCAGCAGCGAUGAAAUCACGCUCUCCUUCAAGACGCUGCAGCGUAAUGGUCUGAUGCUGCACACCGGCAAGUCAGCCGACUACGUGAACCUGGCACUGAAGAACGGUGCGGUGUCACUGGUUAUCAACCUGGGCUCCGGGGCCUUUGAGGCUUUGGUGGAGCCUGUCAACGGCAAGUUCAACGACAACGCCUGGCAUGACGUCAAGGUCACACGAAACCUGAGACAGCACUCAGGCAUUGGACACGCUAUGGUAACCAUCUCUGUGGACGGAAUCCUGACAACCACAGGCUACACCCAGGAGGACUACACCAUGCUGGGCUCUGAUGACUUCUUCUAUGUGGGUGGGAGCCCCAGUACUGCUGAUCUCCCUGGUUCUCCAGUCAGCAAUAACUUCAUGGGCUGUCUUAAAGAGGUGGUGUAUAAGAAUAACGAUGUGCGGUUGGAGCUGUCUCGACUGGCCAAACAGGGAGACCCUAAGAUGAAGGUAAGUGGGGUGGUGUCCUUUAAAUGUGAAAGUGUGGCCACGUUGGACCCUGUGACCUUCGACCCGGAAUCUUAUGUGGCUUUGAGUAAGUGGUCGGCGAAGAAGGCAGGAUUUUCAUUUGACUUCAGGACCACAGAACCCAAUGGGUUGAUGCUCUUCAGUCACGGCAAACCCAGGCAGUUGCAACGCAAGGAUCCUCGGACUCCUCCUACGGUCAAGGUAGAUUUUUUUGCCAUUGAGAUGCUGGAUGGGCAUCUGUAUUUACUGCUGGACAUGGGUUCCGGAACCACCAAGACAAAGGCCAUCGAUAGAAAGGUCAAUGAUGGGGAGUGGUACCAUGUGGACUUCCAGAGGGACGGGCGCUCAGGAACCAUCUCGGUGAACAGUGUGCGGACAGCGUACACAGCUCCAGGAGACAGUGAGAUCCUGGACCUGGAUGACACUCUGUACCUUGGAGGACUACCUGAGGACCGUGCAGGACUCAUCUUCCCUACAGAGGUGUGGACGGCCCUGCUGAACUACGGCUACGUGGGCUGCAUCAGAGACCUGUUUGUGGACGGGCAGAGUAAAGACAUCCGGCGGCUUGCUGAGGUGCAGAGGGCGGUGGGUGUGAAGCCCUCGUGCUCCAGAGAGCCGCCCAAGCAGUGCCUGUCCAACCCCUGCCAGCACAACGGCGUCUGCAGGGAGGGCUGGAAUCGCUAUGUGUGCGACUGCUCUGGGACGGGCUACCUGGGACGCUCCUGUGAGCGAGAUGCCACCAUUCUCUCGUACGAUGGCAGCAAGUUUAUGAAGGUGCAGCUGCCCGUGGCGAUGCACACCGAGGCUGAGGACGUCUCACUGCGGUUUCGCUCCCAGAGGGCUUAUGGCGUUCUUAUGGCAACCACAUCUCGCAACUCUGCAGACACCCUUCGUCUGGAACUGGAUGGAGGCCGUGUCCGGCUUACUGUCAACUUGGACUGUAUCAGGAUAAACUGUACAGCCAGUAAAGGCCCAGAGACCAUCUUUGCGGGGUCGGGCCUCAAUGAUAAUGAGUGGCACACGGUGAGGGUAGUCCGGCGUGGCAAGAGCCUCAAACUCACUGUGGAUGACCUGCAGCCUGCUGAAGGUCAGAUGGCAGGCGACCACACCCAGCUGGAGUUCCACAACGUUGAGACGGGUAUUGUGACCGAGAAGCGCUUCAUGCCCGCUGUGCCCUCAAAUUUCAUCGGCCACCUUCAAGGCCUAGCGCUGAAUGGCAUGCCCUACAUUGACCUGUGCAAGAACGGUGAUAUUGACUACUGUGAGCUCAACGCUGUGAUUGGCUACAAGAGCAUUGUUGCCGAUCCGGUCACCUUCCGCUCGCGCUCCAGUUUCGUGACGUUGCCCACGCUGCAGGCCUACUACUCCAUGCAUCUUUUCAUGCAGUUUAAGACCACCUCUCCCGACGGCCUUAUUCUCUUCAACAGGGGAGACGGCAAUGACUUCAUAGUGAUAGAGUUGGUUAAAGGCUACCUUCAUUACAUCUCUGACCUGGGAAACGGAGCUCACCUGAUAAAAGGCAAUUCUAACAGUCCUCUAAAUGACAAUCACUGGCACAAUGUGCACAUUUCCCGUGACACUAACAACCUCCACAUGGUCAAGAUCGACACCAAGAUCACCACGCAGACCACCAUGGGAGCAAAGAACCUUGACCUAAAGGGUGACCUGUACAUUGGGGGUGUCUCCAAAGAGAUGUACCGAGAUUUGCCCAAACUGGUUCACUCGCGUGAGGGAUUCCAGGGCUGCUUAGCAACUGUUGAUCUGAAUGGCCGUCUUCCUGACCUUUUGGCUGAUGCCUUAGCAACCAUCGGACAAGUAGAAAGAGGCUGUGAAGGUCCCAGCACUACCUGUCAAGAAGACUCCUGCUCAAAUCAGGGAGUUUGUUUGCAGCAGUGGGAGGGAUUCACCUGCGACUGCAGCAUGACAUCAUACGCCGGACCGCUGUGCAACGACGCUGGAACUACUUAUAUCUUUGGCCGUGAUGGAGGUCUGGUGGUGUACACGUGGCCUCCUAAUGAACGUCCCAGCACCAGAGCAGAUCGCUUGGCGCUCGGGUUCAGCACGCAACAAAAACACGCUGUUCUGCUCAGAGUGGACAGCGCGUCCGGCCUGGGAGACUACCUUCAGCUGCAGAUAGACAAAGGCAACAUUAGAGUAGUCUUUAAUGUCGGCACAGAUGACAUCAACAUUGAGGAGAGCUCCAAGUUUGUCAAUGACGGGAAGUACCACAUAAUUCGUUUCACCCGCAGCGGAGGCAAUGCGACCCUCCAACUAGAUGACCUACCAAUCAUUGAGCGCUAUCCCUCAGGCAACAUUGAUAACGAGCGCCUGGCCAUCGCCAGACAGCGAAUCCCCUAUCGGCUCGGUCGAGUAGUUGACGAUUGGCUACUCGACAAAGGUCGCCAGCUGACCAUCUUCAACAGUCAGACGACAGUGCGUGUCGGCGGAGGGGAGCGGGGCACCGGCAUGUUCCAGGGCCAGCUCGCGGGGCUGUACUACAAUGGGCUACGCAUCCUCAACAUGGCCGCUGAGGGACACCCACACAUCAGAGUGGAGGGCAGCGCACGGCUGGUGGGCGACAUGCCAUCCUCCUCUAUUACCCCACAGUCCAGCGCUGCUGCCGGAAGCAAUCGCUCUGACUCUGCCCCGUCCAUUAGUGACAUCACAACCACUACAGCCACAAACAGGAAGCAGGGUGCCACACCACAGUCGACAGACGACCUGCUGGUAGCAUCGGCUGAGUGUCCCAGCGAUGAUGAAGACAUUGACCCCUGUGACCCCAGCUCAGCACGCCCGCCUCUGCCAGAGGUGAAGGUGUUCCCAGGACCAUCUGAGGUGGUGCGGGAAAGCAGCAGCACUACAGGCAUGGUGGUGGGCAUCGUGGCCGCCGCCGCCCUCUGCAUCCUCAUCCUCCUGUACGCCAUGUACAAAUACCGGAACCGUGAUGAGGGCUCCUACCAUGUGGACGAGAGCCGCAACUACAUCAGCAACUCAGCUACACAGCCCAAUGGCAGCGCCAAGGACAAGCCACUGGGGAUCGCUAAGAUCUCCAAGAACAAGAAGAACAAGGACAAGGAGUACUACGUCUGAGGGGGAAAGAUGUCCAGCACACAGACAGUUAUGCAUACACCUUUAUAUAUAAUGGUAUAUGUACAUAAAUAGAUAUAUUCUCAAAAGAAAAUUACAAACAUGCACACUGACAUAGACAUGCUGAUGUUAAUGUUUACUCUCCAGUAAUCACAUCUCCACACACUCUGGAAAGCACACAUACUCACAGACAAGCACACAAACACAGACUGAAACACAAGCACACAUAAGCCCAAACAGACAUACACACAAAACACAAAGACUGGACAGUAUUGUACAGUAUUUACCAAUGAGCUGAGACUCUCCACGAGGCUUCUUUUAUGAGCACCAUUCGAAAUGAUUUAGAAAGCACCAGUUCAACCCCUAGUUAAGAGCCAUUUGUUGGGCCAAGCAGAUGAAAGUCAUCCAGUCGGACUCGAGCACGUCGUGGAAGAUUUGAGGUGUUUGUGCUGGGUGUGUUCAUAGGGAGGGCGGAGCACAAGAUGAUGUAAAAGCAUCAAGAAAAGCACUAAGUGUCUCUUCCAGGUAUCCCAGCCUUUGUCCCCACUAGCUGAUGGGACUCAGCAAAAGCACUACGGACGCUGAAGACAGAAGCACACCAGUGGUUCAAGUCCCACCCCAAACAGCAGGACAGGAAAUCAGGGUGUAGCCAUAACGACAAAGAAAUAUGACGGAAUAGGACCAUAAAUUUCAGAGGGAGCUGUCUGCAUGUUGCACUGCAGAGGUUUUACAGCUCCCCGUAAAUCACAGACGUGGAACACCACAAAACUGAGAGGUAAUUCUUCUGGACGGGAUACUUGAGACUUCAAAUGCUACCUACAGACACCAGUCAUACAUGACUGCUGUGACACACACACACGCCAACACACACACCUGCAUUCUAAAGGCCCACAAGUCACACUGAAGAUGUUGCUUAUACAAGAAGACAAC